GAGUCUUCUACGAAGCUGAGGUUCGUCGGUAGUGUUCUUAAGAAGCUUUCCUCGAAGCUCAGGUUCGAAACUGAACAAGCUCCAAAGCUUCCUUCUCUCUCCCUCUCCCUCUCGGUUUCCUCCUUGUUUGUUUUGGGAGUCAUGGCGAGGGCUUGGAUUAUCGAUGGCCGAGGUAUUGCAACCAAAGUGAAAAAUGCUUCUCUUUCUUCAGCUUUGCAGAUCCAAGACUGCGGUGCUCAUAUCAAAUGCCCCAACUGCUCCUACCGCAUUGACAACAGCAAUGUACUGCUUCCAUGGCCUGGCCUUCCUAAAGGUGUCAAGUUCGAGCCAACUGAUGAGGACAUCAUCGAAUUUUUGGAAGCUAAAUGUGGGCUUGGUGACUCGCAACCUCACGUGCUUAUCGAAGAGUUCAUUCGUCCUGUCAUUGAAGAUGUUGGAAUCAAUUACACUCACCCUCAAAACCUUCCUGGUGCAAACAAAGAUGGAGUAAGUGUCUUCUUCUUCCACAAGACGGUGCAAGCAUAUGGAACAGGACAGAGGAAACGUAGAAAGAUCACACCGACUCUUGUGAACGAUGAACCAGUUCGCUGGCACAAGACAGGCAGAACCAAACCUGUGAUGCUCAAUGGAAUCCAGAGGGGUUGCAAGAAGAUAAUGGUGCUUUACAAGAGUGCUAGAAAGGGAUCAAAGCCCGAGAAAUCAAACUGGGUUCUGCAUCAGUACCAUCUCGGAACAGAAGGACAAGAGAUAGGAGACUAUGUUGUUUCCAAGAUCACAUAUCAGCAGCCGAAGCUUGGGGAAAUUCCUGAUGAAGGUGAGAGUUCCGGGGUUAGAGGUGGCCCAAGAACACCAAAGACGAAUACUCCUACACCACCUAGACCUGUAGAGGGUGUUGCUGGAGAUGAAGAAGCUUUUGAUGAUUUAAAGAUGUUUGAUCCAUUUAUUGAGGGACUGGACAGCAUUCCAGAAGCUGCAUUAGGGAAAAUGUGGUCCAAAAAAGCUCGAAUGGAUGAGGAGGAUUUUGUUGUAAACCUCAGUGAAGAUAGCUUAACAUGCAAUGAGAGCAUUGAGGCUUCGUCUGUUUGGGAAGAUCAGGUUCUCCCCAAUCCUAGCCUUGGAACUAUUGGGGAAUUCGAUGGUUUCUCCAUUUCAGAUCUGGAGAAUGCAGAUCUGGGGACUCCCCCUGAUUUCCUCACUUUGGCUUCUCAGGAGAGCUUGCUGAACUGGAUUGGAUGGCUGUGAUUGGAUUCUAGCUUGCUGCUAAACCAAGAACCUCUGAAAUGUGUAUAGAUUAAGAAAACUUUAUAAAGUCUCCCUAACUGAAGUCAUAUCUCUGCGAUAGUUUUACUUCAGGAGAUCAUCAGGUUUUCUCUCGGAUUCCCGGAAAGUUACAUCAAUAUUUCCGGGAAUAAUCAUUUUCAAUCUCGGAAUCUGCACUUCAUUGUAAUUCAGAAAAUAUAUUUUGACCUUUGUGCUCCUUGCUGUGUACUUCUAACUGUUGUUGUUAUGGUUUGCUCUGUUUUGUUUGGCUCAAGGUCCAACAACGGUUUAAAUAUUUUUUGAUGUUUUACAAUU